AUGGGGAAAGAACUUGCUGAGAUCCGUGAAUACGAGUGUAGUGAAGAAGAUGAUAACAGAUAUAAUGGUGAUCAAAGAUGUGUUUGCUUUUGGUCGGAGAUAAAGGCAAUGGUGAAAGGUGAAGAAGCUUGGUCGAGAUUGAUCCUUGUUAGUCUUGUGGUCUUGGCUAUAGAGUUCAUAUACAUUGAGGAUUGUGAAAAGAAUUGGUUUCUAUUACAGUUGUUUCUUUGA